AUGAGUGGCCAUACAUUCCCUGUCGAUCUCAAGCAGUUCAAGCAGCUUAAGCUUGACCCGAAGACCCCACAGCUAUCAGCCGAGCAGAAGAGCGAUUUGCAACACAAUGUAAACAUUUUCAGAGAUGCCAUCAUUGCAUUCACAGCAACGGGUGCCGCCCGUGGUGUUGCGGGUCACACUGGAGGUCCCUUCGAUACAGCUCCUGAAGUCUGCAUCUUGCUUGCUUUCAUCAAUGCCAACCCUAGCAAGUGGGUCAAUGCCUUGUAUGAUGAAGCCGGCCACCGUGUCGCCACACAAUACCUGCUAGCUGCAUUGGAUGGCAAAAUCGAGCCGGAUCAUCUGCUGAACUAUCGUGCUGCCGACUCCCACCUCCCCGGCCAUCCCGAGCUCGGGUUCACCCCCGGCAUUAAGUUCAGCUCCGGUCGUCUGGGCCACAUGUGGGGUAUGGUGAACGGCAUUGCUAUGGCCAACAAGUACAAGAAUGUGAUAAUGCUGGGAUCUGAUGGAUCCCAGCAAGAAGGAAACGACGCCGAGGCUGCCCGUCUUGCCGUCGGUAGAAACCUGAACGUUAAGCUUUUCAUCGAUAACAAUGAUGUCACAAUUGCCGGGCACCCUUCGGAAUAUCUAAAGGGCUAUGAGGUUGCUCGGACCCUUGGUGGACAUGGGCUGAAGGUCCUUCGCGCCCAGGGUGAGGAUCUCGACUCUCUAUACGGCGCUAUGUGCGAAGUCAUCAACCACAACGGUCCAGCCGCCGUUGUAAUCGACCGCAAGAUGGCCACUGGUAUUGAGGAUAUCGAGGGAGAAACACACGCGCAUGAUGUCAUUCCCGUCGAAAUUGCUCGUAAAUAUCUCACCAAGCGCGGAUACAGCAAGCAGCAGCUUGCUUUCUACGAUGAUAUCAAGCCUGGCUCAAAUCCCCACACAUACAAGGGUUCGAGCAAGGACAAGGGUGCGAACCGCAUCAUUUUCGGCGAUGCUGUGAACGCUAUUCUUGACAAAUUGAGCAAGGAGGAGGCUAAGCGUCGCGUCAUGGUUAUCGACUCCGACUUGGCAGGCUCCACUGGCUUGAAGGCCAUCGGCGCUAAACACCCCGAGUCCUUUGUCCCAUCCGGUGUCAUGGAGCGCGGCAAUUUCUCUGCUGCUGCUGGUUUUGGAUUUGGCAGCAAUGGAGAGCGCCAAGGUGUUUUUUCCACCUUUUCUGCAUUCCUAGAGAUGUGUAUCUCUGAGAUCACCAUGGCCCGCCUGAACGACUGUACCGUUCUGUCACACGUCUCUCAUAGCGGUAUCGACGAGAUGGCUGAUAACACCUGCCACUUCGGUCUGAACCAUUUCUUCGCCGACAAUGGCUUGAUGGAUGCCGCGAGUACCGCGCUGUACUUCCCUGCCGAUGGCGAGCAGAUGAAGGCUGUAGUUAACGAGGUCUUCUGGAACAAGGGCUUACGCUUCAUCUUCUCUACUCGUGCCAAGGUCCCUUACAUCUUGAAGGAGGGUACGGACCAGAAACUCUUCGGCGAGGGCUACAAAUUUGUCCCGGGCAAGGAGGAAGUCAUCCGCAAGGGUUCCGCUGGUUACAUUGUCUCGUAUGGUGAUAUGCUCUACCGUUCGCUUGAUGCUGUUGAGAACCUGCGCGCGGAGGGGCUUGAUAUCGGUCUGAUCAACAAGCCUACCCUCAACGUGGUCGACGAGGAGACCAUCAAGAUCUAUGGAUCUUCACCCUUCGUCCUGGUUGUUGAGUCAAUUGCACAGAAGACUGGUCUCGGCUCUCGCCUGGGUACUCACCUCCUUGAGCGCAAUUUCACACCCAGGUUCAAGUCUAUGGGGGCCAUUAAGGAGGGCUGCGGUGGUCUGUACGAGCAAGUCAAUGCUCAGGGCCUCGGACCAAGCGAUAUCAUCGCCGCGAUUAAGAAGGUGUCUGGAAACUAA